AUGGCGACGCGAACGACGGCCGAGGCGCUGCGCGGCAUACUUGGCAUCGACCAUGCCGACAUGGGACUGUGGCUGGCGUCGACGCUACAGAUGGCCGAGCUCAAUGCGGAGCUACGGGGCAAGGACGGGCCGACAGACGUGCUUGCUGUGCCUGCGCUUGACGCUGUGGCUCAGCUGCGGCGGCCCGACCAGGGCGCCGGCACUCCGGCUGGUGGCGACGUGACAGCUGUGGUGGCAAGCAACGAGGUACCGCCAGGGGCUGACCUUGGCGAUGUCGUUGUCUGCCUUCCGGUGGUGGCAGCUGAUGCUGAUGGAGACGGCUUGUCACUGAUGGAUGAUGCUCUGCCGCGGGUGGUUGUCCAUGGCAUGUUGCACCUGCUCGGGCAUGAUCACGAGGACGACGACGAAUACCGGGUCAUGGUCGCGGCCGAGGCUGCUGCGCUGCGGGCGCUGGAUCCUGCCCGGUGGGCGGGCCGCGAUGUGGUGUGA